UCAAGUUCAAUUAACCCAAAGAAGCGUUCAGUAUAGAAUCAUUUUCGCCAAGCGGCGACGCACCCCUGCCACCGCACCCCUCUAAUUUGUAUAUAUUAACGAAGGUCACGCCGGAACCGGCCGCCACUUCUUCGCCUACUUUAAAACGUUUCAAUUAUCUCCGAGUGGUAAACAGCCUUGCACGCUAUACCGUUCCCCGGAUUCGGUGCCCGCUUCCCACAGUACCUGCAGCCCUUCAUUUUCACUGAGGCGGAGCACGUCGGCCGUGGCGGAUUUGGCAUAAUGAAACCCAAGAUAUAAACCGAACACAUUGGGUCAGGGAAGGGUAGUGGACAACAACAGCUCACUACUAUCAUCGAGAUGUUCGUCACUAAAUUGGCAGGUCUCGUCGGCCUUCUCGCUGGCUUCACGGCCGCACAGACGACCACACUGCAAGCUGAAUCCGCAACAUUGUCAGGUGUCACCGUUGCCACCGCAGUCGCUGGCUUCACUGGCACUGGCUACGUCGAGGGCUUCGACGAAGGCACCGACAAGAUAACCUUCACCGUCCCCGCCACAACCUCCCAGCUCUACGACCUCAAGCUCGUCUACAACGGCCCCUACGGCGACAAGUACACCUACGUCGUCCUCAACAGUGCCGGCGGCUCCCAGGUCUCGCUGCCCGCCACCACGACAUGGACCACCGUCUCCGCGGGCCAGGUGCUGCUCAACGCCGGCUCCAACACCAUUGAGAUCCAGAACAACUGGGGCUGGUACCUCAUCGACUCCAUCAUCCUGUCGCCCAGCCCCAAGCGCCCCGCGCACAAGAUCUCGACGCAGCCCGUGUCGCCCAACGCCAACGCCGACGCAAAGGCCCUGCUCAAGUACAUCGCGUCCAUCUACGGCAAGAACAUCCUCUCCGGCCAGCAGGACCAGGCCAGUCUGGACUGGGUCACGGCGAACGUGGGCAAGACGCCUGCCAUCCUCGGCGUCGAUCUGAUGGACUACACCGAGUCGCGCACGUCGCGCGGCGCGGUGUCGACCGACGUCGACAAGGCGAUUGCGUUCAGCAAGAAGGGCGGCAUUGUCACGUUCGUGUGGCACUGGGGUGCGCCGACGGGGCUGUACGACACCGCGGCGCAGCCGUGGUGGAGCGGGUUCUACACGGCGGCGACGGAUUUCAACAUCGAGACGGCGCUGAAGGACACUACAAACGCCAACUACACCCUCCUGAUCAAAGACAUCGACACCAUCGCCGUGCAGCUCAAGAAACUGCAGGACAACGGCGUCCCCGUGCUGUUCCGCCCGCUGCACGAAGCCGAGGGGAAAUGGUUCUGGUGGGGUGCCAAGGGCCCCGAGCCCGCGAAGAAGCUGUGGAAGAUUGUGUUUGACCGCUUGAACCGCGUGCACAAGCUGCAGAACCUUAUUUGGGUGUGGAACAGCGUUGCUGCCGACUGGUACCCGGGCAACUCGGUCGUCGAUAUCGUGUCUGCGGAUACGUAUGCGCAGGGCGACCAUGGGCCGAUCAGUGCGACGUAUAACAACUUGUUGACGCUGACGGGCGAUACGAAGAUCAUUGCUGCGGCGGAGAUUGGCAGCGUUAUGGAGCCCAGCCAGCUCAAGGCGUAUCAGGCGGACUGGGCGUGGUUUGUGGUCUGGACUGGCGAAUACAUCAGUGGCGGAGCGUGGAACAGCCUGGAGUUGCUGAAGAGGGUGUACAAUGAUGCGUAUGUGCUUACGCUGGACGAGAUUCAAGGAUGGCGGAAGACUUAAGGCAUAGCACGGGUACGGGCUCGCACUUAAGGUCAGAGAAGCAGAAGCAUGUUUUCAUUCCGUCAUGUAUAUCGUUGAGCUCUACAAAAGAAACG